AAAGACAAUGGACGUAAGCCGCGAAAGCCAAUCAAUCGUGGUAUAUACUCACGCUCUUGCAUUGCAUGUAAGUAUAAAGGGGUUUUGAAAUCAAAGGAGGCUUUCAGUCGAUCGUCCGGACCGUCUAAAGAAGUCAUAAAACGUCCCAUCGAAAAAUACGCUCCGAACUAUGAAGCUCUUAGGAUAUUGUCUCUUUUGUCUCUUCGCCGCAAGAGUACAAUCGAAGCCACAAAUAACCAAACUGUUUCCAGUGGAAGGAAUAACAUAUCAAAAACAAUUAAAUAAUACUACGAAGCCCCUGGAAAAAUUUUGGGGAAAAUUACGCGCCACAUACAACUUCAUCUUCCGUCAAACCAACAAUACGAACAACAUAGAAAAGAUCCUGGCGAAGGACGCACCAGCUUCUGAUUUGCAAGCCCUGAAACUAAUCUGGCCCAAUUCGUUAAAUACAGAUAGAUAUUCAAAUCUCCAAUAUCCCAAUAAUAGUUUCCUGGAUCAAAUAAAAUCGCUGUCAAUACUGAAGAAGUACGAAAAUAAAGCAAAUUCAAGUAAUCUCGAGAAGGAAUCGUCCAUCAAAAUAGCGACAACGGUCAAAGCGAACGAGAGAAACGUGAAUUCUAUAAGCUCUGACGAAAAGAACUCUAACAAAACAAAGACGCUACCUGACAAUGAUUGGUUUAACGAUAUUCAGCCUUUAGAGCAACUGGAACUGCAAGACGAAGAAAUAAAUAAGAAAAAUGAGGUAGAAAUCAUAACAGCAACAACCACUCAAUCUCCGACAAGGGUAGGUCAUCAGCUGGUUGAAUGGCUUGGAUCCCUUUUCAGCCUUACUCAUAACAUUUAUGCAAAAUUAUCGAGUGCUACUUGCGGAAAAGAAAAGACGCAAUAAUAAUAAACCGACCGAGAAAUGAGAUGUAUAAAAUAUAUUUUUACUUCAGGAAUUUAGAUUAUGUAGAGAAACUACAUAUAUAUUAACUCCCUGUUUAUAAAUCUCUAGAUAAGCUGAGCCUAGAUACGUAACAUGAAUAUCCAAUCAUAAUUUUCAUUUAACCAAUAUAAAAAAAUCGUGUUUAAUCUAAACAUAGGUUACAUUCAAUGCUAAACGUGUGUCGAUAAUAUGAGUAAAUAUAAACGUCGAGUGAAAAUUCAGUUUCAAUGUAGUAUUAAUAUUAAAUGGAUAAAGGAAAAGAAUAGGGGAGAAAAAGAAGAAGAGAGAACGGUAGAAGAAUGAAAAUAUCAUAUACGGAGAUAUCUGAAUUUUAUACCUUUGUACUACCAUCAUCCCUUGCAUAUUUCGUUAAAACAAAUCAAUUUUAUAUUAAAUAAGAGAUUAAAUAAUACUUUCAUAAUACUUCGUAAAUUCUCAAAGUAUGCAACAAAUGAUGAACAUUAUACAUUUAAACAUGGGAUGUAUCAUAGCAUUCGCGUCCAAAGAGUUAAUUUUAAAUAUCAUGCUAAAGUUCAAAUUAAACGUAUCAACCUAUUCGCAUAAGGUUCACAGAUAAUUUCAUCGUACAAUAUUGCAUAAAGCUAUAUAACACUACUUUAUGCGACACAGAUUGCGCACGUUCGAUGUACUCGUGAGAAGAAAUAUCCUUGUAAUCUUUUAUUACACAUGUUUUAUUCAAAAAUAUCUUGUUCUGAAAAAUACAUAUGUCAUUUUUUAAAAUUAUUUUUUAGUUAUUACUAUCGUAUAACAAUUAUCUCGCAGAAUAAAUGCAUAACAUCUUGUAACACAUAUUCACUAUUUAAAAAAGUGUUAUGUUAAAGACAAGUUACAUAAAUGCACAUUCAUUAUCUAAUAAAAAGAUCCAUCGUCUUACGUAUCUCUAACUAAUCUCAAUAAAAAAUGUAAAAAUCGUAGUCCAAAAAAAUGUUCAACGCUCUUCUUUUAUUUUCUUUUAUACAUAAAUUUUAAUCGAUAAACUUUAUUCGAUAAAAACUAUUAAAUUCUCAGAGGGGAGGUGACUUGCUGAGGAUUCCAGCGCGUGAACGAUCUAGAAUACUGCUAUUUUCCACACGCAUGUGUGCAGUCUUUGGUUGUAUUAUUACGUUAUGUACGAGAGAGUCUAAUAUGUUAAUACCGUAUUUUAAUUCUCUUAUAUCUAACUCAUAUAUGUGCACGCGCACACAUACUCGCCUAUGUACACGCGCGUAAUAUCUUAGAGAACUUAUACUCUCGAUUCUCUUCCGAAUAUACAGCGCAUGGAAGUCCUUCAAGAUCUUUCACUCUAUCUAUGUGUAUAAACUAAAAUUGGAUCAUCGAAUAGGAGGCGAGUAUCAUAAAAAUAUUGCCAAAUGUAUUUUUUUAGAUAUCUAUUAAAUAAACGAUAGAUAAAGAAUACAAUAUCUAAAAAGACAGCAUCUAAAACUUGAAAUAUAAUUUACUUUGUAAAUACAUAAUCACAAAUUCGAAAGAGAUCGAUCAUUGUAAUUUAAUGUAAAACAGAUACUUGUCAUAUUUUUAAAUACCAGCCAACAUCCGAUAUCCUCUUGGAACUGUAAAAAUCAGCCUUCAAAAAAUGUAAAAUGAGGGAGUAAAAGGGAUAAUGAACAAUUUGCUUGGAAAAGAUGAAAAAUGAUAGAUUCUGGGAAAAGACGCUCUGUGAUCGAAUAAAAACAAGUCGUUCGAGGCAAUGUUGCUUAUUUUUUCAUGCAUAUAAUAAUCAAUCAAUUUGUCAUUUUCAUUAAAAGAUUAUACAUUAAAAGAUAUUGGUUUUUUUUUUAAUAUAUGUCGCAAUCUCCAUAUUAUAAUAAGAUAAAAAUUAUUCGAGAAAUAUAUAUUUGUAAAGAAGAAAUAUUUUUUUCUCGGCAAUUUGGACAAAUUGCUGGAAAUUUAAUGUGUCACAAGUCUCUUCAUCAGAUCAAAUGCCUAUAUACAUAUAAAUGAUUAUUUUAUCCUGUAAAUCGCUAACAAAAUUUUUGGCAGUCUAUCGUUCAUUAUUUCUGUUUAACACUAACUUCUGCAACGAAUCUUGUGAAUUUAUCUAUAUAAUAUGUAUUAGUUUAUUAAGAUACCAAAUUCGCGCGAGUAUCUCGUGCUCUUAUUAUCUUUUCAUUGUAAAUCAGAUUGUCGAUAUUUUCCCAAUAUCUAAUAAAGAAUCAAAUUAAAUUUCUAAUUAGGAAUCGAAUAUAUACAACAUAAAUAUUAAAAAGUUUAAAUAUAGAUAGUGCAAAAAAUUUAAACUUUUUAAUUAUGGUACUCGAUUGUCAGAAAAUACAUGAUUUUACCUGUAAAUUAAUUUCUCACGAUUCGAUGUUCUUUUUAUCUCUCGCAAUUGUCACAAAUUAUUUAUACGAUUUUUGCAAAUGCGCUUUACUUAUCGCGCUUACAAAAUAGUCCAAAUUAUUUUUAAAGGAAGUAGAUUUAAUGCAAGCUCAAGCAACCGUU